AGUCCCGUAUGUAGAAAUUAGGUUUUUCUUGAAGCCUUGCUAUAAGUUUGUUUGCUUGCAUGAACGACUGCGCAGACACUAUCCUCUGCUGUUCGAAAUGAGUGCUCCAAGAGUGGCCGUGGUAACUGGUGGAAAUAAGGGGAUUGGAUUUGCUAUAGUCAAAUCUCUCGCUACACAGUUUGAGGGAGAUGUGAUUUUAGCAGCACGUGAUCCUUCUAGAGGACAACAAUCUCAAACUGAUUUGGAGAAACAAAGUGUAAGAGUCAUUUAUCAGCAGCUUGACAUAUCAAAUUCCGAAAGCAUUCAGGAGUUCAAAAAUUUUCUUGAAAAGAAAUAUGGGGGCUUAGACGUCUUGGUGAAUAAUGCAGCUAUUGCCUACAAGCCAGCAAGCACUGCCCCUUUGGCAGAGCAAGCUCGAGAAACAGUUCGUGUCAACUUCACUGGUACCCUUAAUGUGUGUCGGGCUUUAUUUCCACUACUGAGACCUCAUGCUAGGGUAGUGAAUGUUGCAUCAUCUGUUGGUCAUUUGAAGAUACUGAAGCCAAAUCUUCAACAGCAGUUUGCCUCAGAUUCACUAACUGAAAGCAAACUGGAGAUGUUAAUGAAUCAGUUUGUUUCAGAUGUUGAAGCUGGCAUCCAUGUUGAAAAGGGAUGGCCUAAUCCUUUCUCAGCAUAUGGAACGUCUAAGGUUGGACUUAUUGCUUUGACCAAAGUUAGUGCAAGACAAAUGUCAACUGGAGACAAAGAGGACAUUCUUGUAAACAGUUGCUGUCCUGGCUGGGUAAAGACUGACAUGGCAGGGGAUCGAGCUCCCCUUACUCCUGAACAAGGUGCGGAGACUCCAGUUUUCUUGGCUUUUUUGCCUCCUGGCAGUCCCACUGGCCUAUUCUUUAAACGAAAGAAAGUAGUUGAUUGGUGACUAGGCAUAACCAGACAUGAUUGGCUGUAAGGUAUGUAUUGCUGCUGCAACUAGUAUGGGCAUAUGUAUCUAUUGGCAGGAGCGCAGAUAUUGUGGUGCUGAAACUCUGAAAUGCAUGGCUGACUUGUUGGAUUUAUAUGAUUGGUUUGCAUUAGCUGAAGCAAUUCUUGACAUAUAAAGGUUUCAUGUUGUCAUACAAAAUGUCUACUAAACUGGUUUAGAAGUACAAUGUGCUUCUUUCCUUUUCCAAUUGCAACAGUGAAAUACUAGAAGCUAGCUAAGA